UUACUCAUUGAAUCGAACAUUGCAAAUUAUUUGAACUAUUGAUAAACACAAAGACGACGUAGAGAAUUCAAUUGUUUCCCUUUUUUUUAUCGAACGAAAAAAACUUUAUAUAUAUACAUUUAAUAAUUCAGGAUGUAUCAAGAUCAACCACCAUCGUAUAAUGAAGCGAUUAAUUCGCCCAUCACACCAUCGGCACCGCCAGUUGGGUCAGGAAUGGUACAGAGUUCAAUUGCUGUACCAAGUGGCAGUUACAUGCCAAAUUAUCCGAUACAACCAUUACCACAAGUUCAACCAGAGGUAAUAACAAAACCAAUUCGACCUUUGCCCACAAUACCCACAAAUACAAGCUAUGGAACUCUUGGCCAGGCGACAAUUGCUGUACCAACCGAAAUUAUUGUGAUCAAUGGAUGUCCAGCUUGUCGGAUUGGUAUUCUCGAAGAUGAUUAUACUUGUCUUGGCAUUUGUUGUGCGAUUUUCUGUUUUCCGCUUGGAAUUCUAUGCUGUCUUGCACUAAAGAGCAAACGUUGCACCAAUUGUGGUGCUGAAUUUUAAUAGCCUACAUACUUGAUGAUAAAUUUCAAGUGCUCAACGAAAGCCGAGUUAAAUUUUAAAACGGCCAAAGAAUCUUAUUGCAUGAAAAUGCCAUUAGCUUUACAAUAUUAGGGACAGAAUGGUGAUAUUUUUUUAGAAAUUGUUUUUUCUUUUCUUUUAAUCGGUGAAACAGAAAUAUUUCUAUUCAAUUGUUACUUUGACAUCAUAUACCAUAUACGAACUUUAUUGGCAUAUACACAUUUUGACAUCAUUUAGUUAGUUUAAGAUGCUGAUAAAAAAAAAUAUAUAUAAAAAAAUAGGCGUAGUUCAAUAAGAUUAGAAACACCCGAAAAGGAAUUGAAGUUGAUCUAUCGACAUUUUGACGUGAAUAAGCAUGAAUUUAUUUUAAAAUAAAAAAAAAAGAUUUCAAAAUAUUUGAAUUUUAUAAUGCCCGCAUGAAGAAAAUCAUUUAAUAAAUAGAUAAAAUGCUGAGAAA